CGACCGGUUCCACACCGCCGCAGCAGCCGUUCCCGUCCGCCGGCGGCAAGCGGCUGGGGAAGGAGGAGGCCGGCGACGAGGAGGAGAAGGAGGCGGAGGACCCGAUUGUUUUUUUUAAGAAAAACUAGGGACCCGAUUGCAUUUUUAGCCCGCUUAUGUGUGGGGUCGGGCAGUCAGAUUCGCGUUUAACCCAGGCAAAGCGAGCAGUUUUCACAUUUGGUAGUUUUUUGUCACGGAUUAAUAAAAAAGUGGUAGUUUUCAGGAUAAAAUCGUAAAGUGGUAGUUUUCUGUCACGUUUCCGCGAAUUGUGAUAGUUUUUUGGUUAAAUACUCUCCCUCGGCCCUCGCGGCCGAAGGUCUCCUUAAUUUCCUCCUGCUCCGCGCUUUCACGGACUGACGGGCGUGGGUGUUGUGUGGCUAAUGCAGAGGCGCUGGGGGGAUGGUGUGACCAGGGCCCGGUGGGCUCGCUGGAGGAUACGCUGUUCCAAAGUUGCAGCUUGUUCGCGUCCGUGGCACGCAUCGCGAGCGGCGCGGCGUCAGGUUUCGGUGGAGGAUUGCUCGCUCUCUGGUUUGCGACAGGACAAGUUCAGAAAUUGCUUGGGGUUCCACGUCCUCCUGGAAUACUGAUGUUGGGCUACGGUUGCGGUUGUUUUUCCUUGUACAUGAAGAUGCAGUAUUAUGACCUCCAGAAGGAAUUUGCUGCAAUCCUUUUGGAGCAUGGAGAAGAACACACGAAGAGGGAGCUAGCUAAAAUAAUACUCAAUAACCAUAGCGCUGACAAAUCACUGGUUGAAGUUCUGAAGAGGCACUAUGUAGCUGAUCAUCUGUUGAGUGAUGAGCAUCAAGAGAAGCAACUUUUCAGGUGGCGCCAACGCCAUUCGUAUGUGGACAGCGCUUUUAUGGAAAGGUUGGAGGAGGAACUUAUAGAAGUGGUGAAGAAGAAAGUUAUAGAAAGGUUGGAGAAGUCUGAAGCAAACAACGCCGAUGCUGAGGCCGAAUCAAGUGCAAACGUUGGAUUAUUUGAGGAGGAUCCACUGGCUUGUGUGCUUGGCACUCCAGACAGCAACAGGAAGAUGAACAUGUUGCACACAGGCACUGUCCUGAUGAGACGGGAGCUGCUCAUCGAAGAAGUUACUGGCAGCAUCGUCUCCAACAUCCUGAAAACUGCUGCAUUAUGAUGAAAUUGCUGCAUUAUGAUGAAGCCUUGUCGGCGUCAUGGAGAAAACUACACUUAAAACUUUCAGGUGUGCGUGCAACUUUACUUGGCAUAGUUGCAGGUUGCGUUAUGCGUGCGCGCACGCAAUUCAACAAAUGGACACGCGUUAGAUUCUGUCGAAAUUCACAGCAUGCUCACGCAGAACUGUGGGCUCGUUUGCUGGAUGUGCUUGCUAAUGAACACAUUUCUCGUUCCGCCGAUGAGGUGUGGUGUACUUGACAAGGCA